CGGCUGACAUCCACCUGACUGGACACACUGCAGGUCGUAACUGCACUCAGCUAUAUAAGAGAGCGUCUCUGACACAGGCCGACAUCACCUGCAGGAGCUUAAACCUCAACCAUUACAACCCACACCGACAAAAGUGUGUGUCAGUCAGGAUGAAGCUGCUGCUGGUUGUUGCUGCCGCUCUGGCUGUGGCCAGCUCUGCCAGGAUCUCCCUGGAGGACCUGGAGUUCCACGCCUGGAAACUCAAGUUUGGAAGGACCUACCACUCUCCUUCAGAGGAGGCUAACCGCAGGCAAAUCUGGCUCAACAAUCGCAGAGUGGUGCUGGUGCACAACAUGAUGGCCGACCAGGGCAUCAAGUCCUACCGCCUUGGCAUGACCUACUUUGCUGACAUGGAAAACCAGGAGUACAAACACCUGAUCUCCCAGGGCUGCUUGCACGCUUUCAACGCCUCCGUGCCUCGUGGUGGCUCCACCUUCCUCCGCCUGUCUCAGCUCACCGACCUGCCCAACAGCGUGGACUGGAGAGACAAGGGAUAUGUGACUGACAUCAAGGACCAGAAGCAGUGUGGCUCCUGCUGGGCCUUCAGUACCACCGGCUCUCUGGAGGGUCAGACCUUCAGGAAGACUGGGAAGCUGGUGUCUCUGAGCGAGCAGCAGCUGGUCGACUGCUCGGGCGACUAUGGCAACAUGGGCUGCGACGGAGGCCUCAUGGACAACGCCUUCAAGUACAUCCAGGCCAACGGAGGCAUCGACACAGAGGAUUCCUAUCCUUAUGAAGCCGAGGAUGGCCAGUGCCGUUACAACCCCGCCAACAUCGGAGCCGAAUGCACCGGCUACGUGGACGUGAAAGAAGGCGAUGAAGGCGGCCUGAAAGAAGCGGUGGCCACCAUCGGGCCUGUGUCCGUGGGCAUCGAUGCCUCCCAGAUGUCCUUCCAGCUCUAUGAAUCAGGAGUGUACGAUGAGCCCGACUGCAGCAGCACAGAGCUGGAUCACGGCGUCCUGGCUGUGGGUUACGGCACUGACACCGGAAAGGACUACUGGCUGGUUAAGAACAGCUGGGGUCUGAGCUGGGGAGACAAGGGAUACAUCAUGAUGUCCAGGAACAAAGACAACCAGUGUGGCAUUGCUACCGCAGCCAGCUACCCUCUUGUCUGAGCAGGUCCAAGACUUCCCUCAGCAACACAUCAUUUACUUUAAUUUCAUCAAUGAAAAAAAUAAAGUCAUGG